AUGAAAAAAGACAAGACUCCAAAAAAACAAACCAUUCCCGCGUGAUUUAUGGCCUUCUCGACUAGGUAAUUAGGCAUCACAUUCCCUGCUUCUCCGGUACCUUUCCUCUGCAACUCCGACGUUCCUUCUCACUGCCAACACAUCUGGCCUCUUCUCAAAAAUCCUGUUUAUAAAUCCUCGUCUUCGCUCAAAUCCUUUGAGACCUUAAAUUAGACCCCCAAAUAUGCAGGGUUCUUCCCAUGUUGACAGUGUUCAAGGUGCUGUAAUGAGUCUGAUCCAGUCGUCUCCUCCCACUUGGGGAUCCUCUCUUCUCAGCAAUAUCCUGAUCUUUAUUGUGGGUUCUCCGAUACUGGUCACUGGAUUGUCUCUAUCUGGCAUCGGCGCUGCUUUUCUACUCGGAACACUCACCUGGCGCGGUUUUGGCCCUUCCGGGUUCCUUCUUGUCGCCACCUAUUUCAUAAUUGGUACAGCUGCAACAAAAGUCAAGUUGGCGCAGAAAGAGUCCCAGGGUGUUGCUGAGAAAAGAAAAGGAAGAAGAGGUCCUAGCAGCGUUAUUGGAUCCAGUGUUGCUGGUUGUGUUUGUGCCUUUCUUUCCAUUUUUGGAGUUGGGGGAGAGACAUGUUCUCAACUUUGGCGACUUGGAUUUGUUGCCAGUUUUUGUACGAAGUUGAACGACACGGUUUCAAGUGAAAUAGGGAAAGCAUAUGGCAAAACAACGUAUCUAGUUACGAAUUUCAAGAUAGUUCCAAGAGGAACCGAAGGAGCUGUGAGUGUUGAAGGAACCUUUGCAGGAAUUUUAGCAUCCAUGGUUCUAGCUUUUACCAGUUAUCUAAUGGGCGAGACAAACAUUUUCAGAGUAAUUCUGUAUACAGAGAAAUCAAAGUAAAUUUUUACUUGGAGGGUCAUGCUGUUGGCUUCAAGCCAUGUGGUUACAUUCAUCCUUAUUCAGAUUUCGGAGAUCAGUUCACCCCUUCACAAAUUUUGACCCGGAAGCAUGAUUCUUAUGUUAUUCUUUAGCUCUCUAUCACCCACUUCUUUGUGUGCCCAUAGAUUUGCCAUCCUUCUAUUUUAGUUGAGGAUAAUUGGAUUUUUUUUCUUGGUUUGGAGCUGAACAAAAUAAUACAAAUAAUUUUGCAUGGGAUUAUGUAUCAGUGUUGGCAUCAGAAAUGUAUUUGACAUCUAUAAACCUGGAUGGAUCUAAACCUGUGUUUUCCUUUUGAGUAAUGAAAAUCGGAACAUAUAUGUCAAAGAGAUGGCUUGCAACGACCCAAUGGCUAGAUAUGACUGCUGCAUAUGGAUUUCUUAGGUUAAAACAUUUCAGAAAAUUUUCUUUCAUAAUCCAUUCAGAUGAAAAACUCACCACGUCAAGGGGGUUCUCGAAAUUGUUUCUUUGUUCUGUUUCACCCACGUUGGAGUUAACCGUGUCAUUGCGACCAUCUUUCAAGUCUUGCCUCUGCGCUUCAAAAGGUUAACAGGCAAGAAACAAAACCAGCAUGCAUUGAGCAUCUCACUCUGUAGUGAGUUUCCAUCAUUUUGCCUCUGCUUUUUAGGUAGGAAUGCGGAGGUUGAAAAUCAUUUAAGUUAGACGCCUGUCAUGUGUUUGU